AUGAAUAUUCGUGGUUGUCAAGGAGAUAUGUAUUCGUAUAUCGAUUUUCAUUCUGGUAGUACUGAUUUUAUUCCUGCAAAUUCUGCCGAAAUUCGUGGUAAUCAUUUAUCAGUGGCUUCAGCGUUCUCUUGUGCUCUAUUAUGCCAUCAAGAUCCGCAAUGUCGCACAUUUGUCUUCGAUUCAUCGAUUUGUCAAUUAUAUGAAGGUUCAUCUGAUACCGGCCUUAUCGUUAGUUCACCUUCAACUAAUCGUCUAGUGGGUAGUAUCAACUAUGAUCUUGUUCAACUGGCAAAUACAUACAAUAAAUCAUGUGAUCAUUGCUUUCCUGAUCGAUAUUUAGUAUGCAGAAAUAAUACAUGGCAAUGUCCUUUGAAUAGUUUUUAUAAUGGACAAGGUAAAUGUCUCCAUGAACUUUAUCCGGAUUCUUCAAUGAUAUGUGAAGAUGAUAAAUGGUACCGUCAAAGUAUGAAUCAAAUUUGUCAAUGUGGAAAAUGCCAAUGCCGAACUGGACAAAUCUGGUUUAGUAAAACAUGUAGACCACAGUUUCUGAGUGGAAUAUCUUGUAAUACAAGUGAUCAAUGUCGAAAUGAUCUCAAUUUAGUUUGUUCAAGAAUUAACAAAACAUGCAUACCUAUGCGAAUUGUACGAAUGCCCGUGAUUAGUGGAACACUCCCCAGUAAAUUUUCCUAUGUCGAUGAGUCUUUCAACAUUAGUGGAAUGGAAUGGUGGCGUGCUUUUGACGAUGAAAAUGGAACGUGUUUAGCUCAAUCAUUUUGGUUUCCACAAGCAAACAGUUACACUACUUUCCCACCAAACUACUUCAAUACAAGUGUAAAACCGUUAGCAACAAAAUAUGCAUUGUUAUCUAUCGAACGGUGGUCUGUCUAUCAGACCUAUCUUUUCGAGUUGACAUUUUUUGGUGGCUUAUAUUAA